GAGAAAAUAUGCUUCGUCCUUCCCGAACAAAUAACAUGGUCGGUGAUUGUUCCAAGACAAUGGGGUAUCGCGGGGCACGAGUUCAUGACUGAAGCUGCAAUGAAGGCUGGUAUUGAACAAGACACAAUUGUCACUGUUCUCGCUCCUAUGGCAUACAUUGCAUAUGCAGAAGUCAUGGAACAGGGAGCCAGUAAAGAGAAACUAUUGAAACCAGGAAUGAAUAUCCUCUUGAUCGAUGCCCGAGAAACUGUGCAUAUCACGUUGUAUCAGAGGAAAAGAGGAGGUGGACUGCGUGAAGUUCUUCCGCCACAUAUCCUGCAUUGUGGGCAAUGUUUCUUUGAAAACAUCCUAGUAGAGAUUGUGGGGCCACAGGUGUGGGCUGAAUUUUGUGAAGAAGCGCCAGAAGAGCUUUUGAAUCUUCAGUACACUAUUUCCGCAAUGAGGUGUCAAGAAAGAAAAUACUCUUAUAUCAUAUUGUUGAUACCACACUCGCUUCGAGAAAUUUUUCAAAGUAACACAGGCACUAGCAUUAGAGAUUACGUCAAAACAUCAACAUAUUCGGGAUUAAUUGAGUUUUCUCUGGAUCAAAGAAAAAUCAAAGUUAAAAAAAGCCUAUUUGUUGACCGAUGCGCAGAUGUUCUUACGGGAUUUCAAAAGACAUUAGUUACCACUUCGUUUUUUUCUGGUGAUAUGGUUCUACUGUUAGUUGGAGGUUUCGCACAGUAUAACCCAUUUCAGGAGGCCGUCAAACUAGCUUUCCCUCAUCACCGCGUCAUAAUUCCGAAUCAUGACGAAAACGUUGUGGUAAAAGGUGGCGCGUUAAUUGGCCAGAACGUACACAAGUACUGUUGUGAUAAUAAAUGAAUCAUUAAGGUUGUAUAGUGAUUUAUGCAUGGAAAUAUGAAUAUCAGAAGAGAAAAAAACA